AUGGCCCCAACCACACCCGAGGAAACCCCCAAGAAGCGCGGCCGCGGUAGGCCCCCCAAAGCCGAUGGCCAAAAGAAGGCCGCUUACCGGGGCGUGAAGAAGGCCGUCGCUCCCAAGCCCGCCACGGGCACCGGCAGAGGACGCGGCAGACCCAGAAAGAGCGAUGUCGCCGACGCGACUGCCUCUCCCAAGGCCUCGGCCGCCACGCCCAAGAAGAGCACGCCGGCCAAAUCCACUGGUCGCCCCCGCGGUCGCCCUCGCAAAUCCGACGCGUCCACCGCGCCUACACCCAAGAACGCCGAGUCAGCCAAGAAGAGCAAGGGCAAGAAGAGCGACGUCUCGAUGAAGGAGUCAUCCGCCUCUGAUUCGUCGUCUGCCUCUGACGAGGAAGGUUAG